GGCGCGGUAGCAGUAUGGUGGAUACACGUGUCUGGAUUGUUGACGGCUUUUAAUGAUCAUUCUGAAGUAGCACAAAUCAGGCCUUGGUUGAUCGACUUCACAUCUCGAUCGAUUGCAGAGGAGUCAUUUUAUAUCUGCCAUGGCGAGCAGCGCCCUUCAGUUCAAAACCAACUAUGCUGUUUCCAGCAAGAUCGAGCCGUUCUACAAAGGAGGAAAAGUGCAGAUUAGUAAAGAUGAGAGGUACAUGUUCUGCACUUGUGGCACCCGAGUGAACGUCCUGGAGGUGGGAACAGGGAAGAUAUUUAGCAGCAUUGAGCAGGAAGAUCAAGAAGACAUUACGUGUUUUUCCCUCAGUCCUGAUGAUGAGACUCUGGUGACAGCAAGCCGGGCAUUGUUAUUGAAGCAGUGGGACUGGAAGCAGAGCACUUGCCUGCGCAGCUGGAGGGCCAUUCACAACACACCAGUGGCCAGCAUGAGCUUUGACCCCACUUCCACACUUUUGGCAACAGGAGGCUGUGACAGCACCAUAAAGAUCUGGGAUGUUCUGAAGCAGUACUGCACUCACAACCUUAAGGGCUCCUCAGGGGUUGUUCACCUUGUGGAGUUCCACCCAGAUGCCGAGCGGCUGCAGCUCUUCUCCAGCUCGGCUGACUACGGCAUCCGCGUGUGGGACCUGCGCAGAAGUCAGUGCACCUGUGUACUGCAGAGCCACUUCAGUGCUGUUACCUCCUUGGCGUUCUCCUGCAACGGUGACACCCUGGUAAGCUCUGGCCGGGACAAGAUCUGCACGGUGUGGGACCUGAAAAGCAGCAAAGCAGUUCGGACAGUGCCCGUAUACGAGGCUGUCGAGGCUGUGGUGCUGGUCCCAGAAGGGGAAGAUUUCCCGCAGAUCGGGGUUAAAUCCAAAGGGCUGCAUUUCAUCACGGCGGGCAGCAAAGGUGUGCUGAGAGUGUGGGAGGCCAGCACCUCUCGCUGCAUCUUCACACAAGCGCUGUCAGACACCCCAACACCAGAAAAUGACGGCAGGGCUGAGGAAGAGGUAGAGCAGUUGAGCUUGACUCACGCCCUGCUCCUGGCUACCUCUGCCCGCCUGGCCGUCGUUACAGCCGAGCACAACAUCCUGCUGUAUGAGCUGUCCUCGCUGUCUGUGCAGCAGCAGUUCGUUGGGUACAACGACGAGGUCUUGGACGUGAAGUUCCUGGGCAGGAAGGACAGCCACAUCGUGGUGGCGACCAACAGCCCACAGCUGAAGGUGUUUGAGCUCUCCACCUGCAACUGCCAGAUCCUCUAUGGGCAUACAGACACCGUGUUGGCUGUGGAUGUGUUCCGGAAGGGUCGCAUGUUUGUAAGCUGUGCAAAGGACAGGACGGUGCGAGUGUGGCGCAUGCACCUCGAGUCAGGAUUGGUGGCCUGUGUGGCCCAGGGCUCAGGCCAUGUCAGUGCCAUCGGCAGCAUCGCCUGCUCCAGGUUGAAGGAGAACUUCCUGGUUUCUGGCAGCCAAGACUGCACCAUCAAGGUGUGGGAGCUCCCGGAGAGCUUUGGCGCAGGGGGUCAGACCGGUAUAGCGGAGCAGAUCGUUGCACGGGUCACGGAAAAGGGACAUGACAAGGACGUGAACAGCCUGGCAAUCUCCCCCAACGAUAAGUUGGUGGCAUCAGGUUCCCAGGACCGUACGGCCAAACUGUGGUCGCUGACAAACCUCUCCCUGCUGGGUGUGUUUCGUGGGCACCGCCGCGGCAUUUGGUGUGUCCAGUUCUCACCAUUGGACCAGGUUUUGGCCAGCUCCUCCGCUGACGGCACUGUAAAGCUCUGGAGCCUCCAGGACUUCAGCUGCCUUAAGACAUUUGAAGGUCACGACGCCUCGGUGCUAAAGGUCAUCUUCUUGAGCCGCGGGAUGCAGCUGCUCACCAGUGGCUCCGAUGGGCUCCUCAAAUUGUGGACCAUCAAGACAAAUGAGUGUGUCAAGACCCUCGAUGCCCAUCAGGACAAAGUCUGGGGUCUUCACACAAGCUCAAAGGACAACAUGGUGGUGACAGGUUCUGUAGACUCCAGUAUUAUCUUGUGGGAGGACGUCACAGAAAAGGAGCUGCUGGAGGAACAGGUCAAACGGGAAGACCAGAUAUUGAAACUGCAGGAGCUCUCAAACUUACUCCUGGAGGGAAGAUACCUGAAAGCCUUGGGCCUAGCUAUCUCCCUGGACCAGCCCCACACCGUGCUGCGCGUCAUCAAAGAGAUCCGACAGGGCGAGAGCGGACACCGUAAGGUGGAGGAGACCAUCACCAGGCUGCGGCAGGACCAGAAAGAGUCGGUGCUGAGGUAUUGUGCGGUGUGGAACACCAACGCCCGUAGCUGUCUGGAUGCGCAGGUUGUCAUCCAGGUGCUGCUGCAGCAUGAAAGCCCCGAGUUGCUGCUACAGUACCAGGGGGUCCGUGGCAUAUUGGAGGGGCUCCUCCCCUACACAGAGAGACACAUGCAGCGUAUCGGCCGCUUAAUGCAAGCAUCCAUGUUCCUGGAUUACCUGUGGCAGAAAAUGCGGGUGGCUGGAAAAUGCAGGGGUAGCGGGGACCUGGAUAGUGACGAGAUGGACACGGUGCCUCCUCAGACUACCGAGCCGUUGUUCUUUAUCGAUCGGCAGGCCGACCAGGCAGCAAAAGAAUAUGAGGAAGGUGGUUUAGAAUAUCAGGAGGAAGAUGAAGAAGAUGGGAAUGAACAUAGUAUCGAAGGUGACGGCGAUGAGGGCGCCUCCAGUGACGACGAAGACAGUGGGGCCUGCAAGGCUGACAUCAAUGGCCAGCAGACAGGAGCAGGCUGUGGCUCUUCGUUCAGCAGCGAGGAGAGUGAAGGAGAGGAAAGCCCCAAUAAGGGGGAGACCAGCAGCGGACAGAGAAGGACGAGCAGGACAGAUCAGCGUGGCUUAACAUCGGGGUUGACACAGGUGCUGGCCAGGUGAUCGGGCAGUUAGGCCAAAAUCCAGGGCAGGAGCUCAGGCGGAUUCAGUUUCAGUGACCCGCAGACAUGGAACUUGGUGUAAAAGGAGCUGUGAUUUCAUUUCAUAGUCCCAACUCUUCAGGACACAGGAUAGCAAGUGUGUCUCAACCUGACAUCACAGUGGCCUUUGGAGCCGAAGGUCCAGCAGAUAUUGCAUCAGCUCUGAUACUGAACCUGCGGCAAACAUCAGUUUUGUGUUCUUCAAAAACAUUACAUUCUUGAUUUAUGACCACAUUGUAACAUGUUUCA